CGCUCAUUGCCCACGCCUCCUCUCCUCUCUCAAGCCACGUCUCAUCUCUCUUUUCUCCAUAUCUCUCUAUAGGACCGGCACUGGUUGUUGGACUGCCGGACUCUCUUUGAAAAUGAUGCUUGCAAGGAACUUCGCCUCUCCUGCGCGCCAAUGUCUGCGCACAGCUCGCGUUGCACCUCGCUAUCAGAUCCGUGGGUACGCCGCCGCAGCUGAGGAACAGGUUGCUACGUUCAAGGGAAAGAAAGGAUCCGAUGGCAAAUAUACCGUGACACUGAUCGAGGGUGAUGGUAUCGGACCGGAGAUAUCCCAGUCCGUCAAGGAUAUCUUUUCUGCAGCAAAUGUCCCCAUCAAGUGGGAACCGGUUGAUGUCACUCCGAUUCUGAAGGACGGAAGGACUACGAUUCCGGAGGACGCUAUUAAGAGUGUGGAGCGCAACUUUGUCGCCCUUAAGGGCCCGCUUGCUACUCCCGUCGGCAAGGGCCACGUCUCCCUAAACUUGACCCUGCGUCGUACAUUCAACCUUUUCGCCAACGUCCGUCCCUGCAGGUCUAUCGCAGGAUACAAGACACCCUACGACAAUGUCGACACCGUUUUGAUCCGUGAGAACACCGAGGGUGAAUACUCGGGUAUCGAGCAUGUCGUUGUACCAGGUGUUGUGCAGAGCAUCAAGCUCAUCACCAAGGAUGCUUCGGAGCGUGUCCUCCGCUAUGCCUUCCAGUACGCCCGCUCGAUCAACAAGAAGAAGGUCCGUGUUGUACACAAGGCCACCAUCAUGAAGAUGUCCGACGGUCUCUUCCUCAACCUUGCCCGUGACAUCGCCAAGGACUUCCCUGAUGUCGAGUUCGACGCUGAGCUGCUGGACAACGCUUGCCUGAACAUUACUACCGACCCGACACCCUACAACGAUAAGGUGCUUGUGAUGCCCAAUUUGUACGGUGACAUUCUCUCGGACAUGUGCGCUGGCUUGAUCGGUGGUCUCGGUCUCACUCCCUCCGGUAACAUUGGCCGGGAGUGCUCGAUCUUCGAGGCUGUCCAUGGCUCUGCCCCCGAUAUUGCUGGCAAGGGCCUUGCCAACCCUACUGCCUUGCUCCUUAGCAGCAUUAUGAUGCUGCAACACAUGGGUCUCCAUCAAGAAGCCACCCGCAUCAGGACGGCUAUCCUAGACACCCUUGCUGAAGGAAAGACUCUCACUGGUGACUUGGGCGGAAAGGCCAAGACCCACGAGUAUGCUGACGCUAUCAUCAAGCGUCUGUGAACAAGGCCGUGUUCAUCCCUUCCGCAUUAUAGUACUGUCACCUUAAGCCAUAUCAAAUUCCCAUAGACAACGGCCAUUUCAUGUAACUGUUCGUGUACUUUUUAGAUCCUAUUAUUCCUAUUAUACGCCAAUCCGUUCUAUGAGCUCAUUUUCCCCUUCUUUUUGCUUCCCGAAGUUAAGAAUCCUUAUACUCCAUUUUUACACAUAUAAUAGUAGCUACGUGAUCGUUGAUAUCAAACAAACCUAAAGACGAAGACGCCCUCAAAGAGAAAAGACCCAAACCCCAAUCCUCUCAAGUUGUCGGGAGUCAUACAUCAUGAAUAACAGAAGGAAAGUUGCAACGCUCUCAGCGCCGUCUGCCGGUCCUUCUAAUACCCGGCCCAAUGCCCUUUUUAUGUUUUGUUCGGGACCCUCUAGGCCGCCCCCUUCUAACCGGAGAUUCCUCGGGCUCUUCUUUAGGCUCUUCGGCAGCAUCGCUAUCCUCCUUGCCGGCAUCUGUGCCUUCCUCAUCGCUGUCUCCAUUGACGUCGGUCUCUUCGGGGUUCUGAUCCUCAUUUAAUCCAAUUUUUGGAGCUUCGAUCUCAACUUGGAGUCGCAUGGAGCGGGUGCCUCGCGCGCGUGUGCUGCGACUCAAUUUUCGUCCUCGCGAUGGGACCGGAGAAACAGGUUCUAGGUCAGAACAAAUAUGUUUCGUUAGCUCUGGAACCAAAUACGAUAAUGAAAAAGGUAGACCAAGACUAACCAUCUGUAUCUGCCACUGUGCUCCCCCUCCGUGAGUCUGCCUGCCCACUAGCAACUGAUGAUCCUUCCAUGGCCAAUCUCCUUUCGAACAUCAGCUCUCCGUAUUCAUCUUCCGGUAGCUCAAACGGGCAGUAUAUAUCUUUAGAUGUCUCGGGAUCAUCGGAUGGGUCGGUCAUAAGGGAGUCCUCCUGCAAAAGCCACGUAUUUGCAGUUAGCGACAAUAACAUUAUUGUCUUCGAUAAGGAUGCUUGCUUGCGACCGCCUUACCCGUUCAUCAAGGGCCGGGAGAUUAUAGAGAGUCCCUAGCUUUUUCCAGAUGCCAGGGAUCCGUGUGUGUUCUGCAUUCGAAGGCGCGUAGCCUUGGCUUUUCAUGAACUCCGAGAUGGCGAUCAUACGGAAGUGUUUGUGCAUGCCUUUGAUAAACAGAGUAGUAAUUUAUUAGCGGAGGCUCCACUAGGCGAUUCGCAAGUAUCGUUUCAACAAACCAAUGGGUUUCCACUUGAUAAUCCCCUUCAGAAGCGCGGUCUCUUGUUCAUCCGUCCAUGGAUCUGUGACAAGAUCAUAUUCGGUCCCAGGCUUCGCGCUCUCGGUUGAUGCGGGGGUGUUUGCGGGGUUAUCAGCUUGAGGUGUAGCUGAAGCGCCGCGGGACGAAAGCCGCGGUCUUUUCUUUGGAGGCAUUGUCCUGAUGGACGUAGCAAG